GGACUCAGACAGACUGUAGAGACCUGCUGACAGAGACACAGGUGAGCAGGACGCUGCUGGACAGACAGACAGACAGACAGUGGACAGACAGGUGGACAGACGUUCAGACUGACAGACAGGUGUGUGUCCCUCAGCUGUGAGGACUUCCUGUCACGGUAAGAGACGCUCUUUAUUUCCACAGUUUUAGAUCAGAUGAACUCUCUGAGGUUAAAGGUGUUUCAGUGAUUUUUAAUCAGCUGUGUUGGUUCACAAACUUGGUUAAAAACUUCGUUAAAUCAGAUAAACUCUGAAACACAAACUCUAGUUUAGUUUUUUAACACUUUAAAAUGAAAGUUCAGUCACCAGUCUGGAAUUUAACCCACCUGACAGGUAGGACUGUCACUCAGCUCUGACACACACCUGAGCUCCGUCAGAGAACCUGCAGACAGACCUGCAGAUAUGAAGUCCCUCAGACACUCAAAGUCCAUUUAAAGGUUAAAACUCUGAUUAUUUUAUGUGAUUUUAAACAUUUCUUUAUCCUCAUUCAACUAAAAAUCUUUAAACCUUUGAAACCUUUCCUGUUGUCUGAUUUAAAAAUCUGAUUCAAACUUUUUAAUCAGACGCUUAAAUCAGACGACAGGAAUCAUGAGGACAGGUGUGAAAACACCUGAAACUCACGUCAGAAAACCGACGAUAGCAGCCUGAGAAAAAACAGAAAGAUUUAAAAUAUUAAAACUGUAAUUGAGCGAUUAAAUAAUGACAUAAAAAGAAGAUAAACAAAUAAGACAAAGAGAAGAAUCAGGAAAAAUACCCAGAAAACUGCACCUAAGAACACAAACUACAGACAGACUGGUUACUGGUCUGUAGUCAUACCUCACUGCCAUUAGGUUGAUCUGUCUAUCUGAAGUAAAACCAGUCAGUCUGCAGUCAGACCAGUCUGUCUGUGAUAAGACCAGUCAGUCUGUCGUCAAACUAGUCUGUUUGUGAUUAAAACCAGUCUGUCUGUAGUUAAACCAGUUUGUGGUUAGACCAGUCUGUCUUUGAUUAGACCAGUUUGUCUGUAGUUAGACUAGUCUGUCUGUAGUCAGACCAGUCUGUCUGUAGUUUAAACAUUCUGUCUGUGAUUAGACCAGUUUGUCUGUAGUUAGUUGUGAUUAAAACCAGUCUGUCUGUGAUUAGACCAGUCUGUCUGUAGUUAGUUGUGAUUAAAACCAGUCUGUCUGUGAUUAGACCAGUCUGUCUGUAGUUAGUUGUGAUUAAAACCAGUCUGUCUGUGAUUAGACCAGUCUGUCUGUAGUUAGUUGUGAUUAAAACCAGUCUGUCUGUGAUUAGACCAGUUUGUCUGUAGUUAGACUAGUCUGUCUGUAGUUUAAACAGUCCGUCUGUGAUUAGACCAGUUUGUCUGUAGUUAGACUAGUCUGUCUGUAGUUAGUUGUGAUUAAAACCAGUUUGUUUGUAGUUAGACCAGUCAGUCUGUUGUCAAACUAGUCUGUUGGUGAUUAAAACCAGUCUGUCUGUAGUUAAACCAGUUUUAGGUUAGACCAGGCUGUCUGUGAUUAGACCAGUCUGUCUGUAGUUAGUUGUGAUUAAAACCAGUCUGUCUUUGAUUAGACCAGUCUGUCUGUGAUUAGACCAGUCUGUCUGUAGUUAGACCAGUCUGUCUGUGAUUAGACCAGUGUAACUGAGUGUAGUCUUGACCUGCUUUUUUGGACAGAGUCUUGGGAGAACGACUGUUGUGAUUUGUCCCUUUAUAGGAAAUAUUGAUUGAUUGAUUGAUUGAUUGAUUGAUUGAUUGAUUGAUUGAAUGAUACAUUAGAGGCUAACAGCCUUAGCUCAAACAUCUGCUCAGUGUUUAUUGGUUGCUGCUGAUUCUCCUCCUCGCUGAUGUCCUUCACUUUGAAUAAGAAUGAGCAGAUGAAUCAACAUCUGCUUAUCGACACGUCUUCGCCGAAAUGCUCCUUAAAUGGGCGGAGACAUUCUUGAGAUGGUGGAGAUGUUUGAGAUGAGGUGACAGUGAUGGCCUCGCUCUGCUGGAUUAUCACAGGAACAGUUUUAAAGGUCGACAUUCAGAGUGUUUAAAGACGUGAGACCUCACCUGGAGAGGUCGUGGUCUCCUGUGGUGACAGGUGUGUCUUUGCCGUCUUCACUGCGGCUCAGUUUAAAUUCACCUGAAACAGAUUAUCAUUCACACCGUCUGAGAACACCAGAGAGCACAGAUUACAGAUUAUCACAGACUAUACAAUCAUUUUCUCCAACAGUACGUGUGCGACAUAUUCAAACAUCAGCUGGAGGUGAAACGUCGUGUGUGUUAAUCCUGCGUUACUCCAGUUCAACAAGCAGAAUCAAUUAACCAAUUAAUUAAUUAAUUAACCAAUGAAGUUUGAACCGUGAAAACGUUCCAUCAGAGUCUGCAGCAGGCGUGGCGUUCGUCCAGUUAACUAACAUGUUAGCGAUGAGUUUAACUAGUUAAUCCAACCAGGUCCAGAAAUGUUCACAGACUCUCUGAUCCUCCAGAUGACUCCGCCUCCUCCUGUCCCGAAACCCCGGACCCGCUACAGCAGGGACUCUGCUGGCUUUCUGGACAGGUAUGUUCACCUGUGUACACACACACACACACACACACACACACACACACACACACACACACACACACUUCACAUUAAAAACAAAGUGAAGUAUUAAGACAACAUGAAGCUUUUGUUUUGAUAAGACUCGUCUUCUUUUCACAGCAACCUGACAGUCGAGGGUAAUCCACAGGCAGCUCACCUGAGCACAGGUACACUCACACACACACACAUAUACACACACACAUAUACACACACAAUAUAAAUAAUAUAUGUUGCAUCAGUGAAUUUGAUUGGAGCUGGGGUUUGUUGUAGUAAAUCAGAAAAAUGAGUGUUUGAUUGAAAAAGAGUUUUUAUGAUGCACCUCUCUCUCUCUCUCUCUCUCUCUGUCUGUUUGGUGAACUUCAGUUGGUCCUCACUCAUUCACAUUCACACCAUCACAGACUAAAAUUGAGCUGAACUCGGUGAAUUCAGAGAGUCACGCUGAUGAAAAGCUGAGAGCGGGGCGUCGGUGUAUUUAUAGUCUGUGCUGACGUGUAACUGCAGGUUCCUGAACUGUUAAACCGGUCUGUUGUGGAUGUUUGUGCUGAUUAACUCAAACCAGUUGGUCCUCUACCAUCAGGUGGUUCAUCCUCAGGAGAUCACAUCACUUCAUCCUGACCAAACUAAACUAAGAGUUUGAUCAAACUUCUCAACUCUUCAGUUUAUUCUCAGCCUCUUUAUUCAAACUGUAUCGACCUUCACUGAUGAAGAGUUACUCUUACUUUGAAAGUCUAUAUUUAUGAGGUCUCUUAUUGUGAAAUUUACCCUUUUUUAUUGUAGUUUGGUUCUUUUGUUAGAAGUCUUCCAGGUAAACAGGCUCUGACUUUAAAACCUGGUCCAGGUCUGGUUUGUGGAUUCAGAAUAAAGACGUAUUCCACUUUAUGUGUACAGGACUCUUACUGUGAAAGGCCUCCUCACUAACGAGUAGGGUUUUAUUGUGAAAGUCCUUGUGGAUCUGUUGAGAAGGACUCUUAUUAGAAGAGUCAUCCUAGGAUUUCUCAGCCUGGCUUUUAUUUUGAAAAUUUACCCAGAAAUGAACAACCCCAGUGUUAAUUUCAAGGACUCUUAUUGUGAAAGUCUGUGCUGACUGUGUUUCGAGUUUGAUCAUCACCUGGUGGACGUUAGAGGAAGUGCAGCUGGACGCUGAGUCAUGUGUUUUUGAUUGACAGGUGUGUCUCUUUAUGUCUCCUAAUGAUGUCACUAUGCUCCUCCCCCCCCAGGUAAUGAUGCUCCUCCUCCUCCUUCAGCUCCUGGUGGGUCAACCAAUGGCGUCGUCUUUCCAACUCUGGCUGGAAUUACAAACAUCAUCGCCACCAACAUCCCGUCAUUGGCUGGACUUGCCAAUUCUAUCGGUGGCUCCGCCCCAAACUCAUCUCCCUCCCAGAUCCCCUCGGCCCCACCGUCCAUAGACGCCAUCGCCAGUGACAUCUCCGCAAACAUACCUAGCUUAGCGGGAGCUGUUAGCGCAGUGGCGAGCCCAGCUGCUGCUUCAGUAAACUCCGCCUCUGACGCCACACCUGCCGCCAACAAAGGCACUGCCAAGUUAGAUAGCAUCGUUAGCUCGUUAGCUAACAUACCCAGUAUAUCAGGAAUUGUCAACACAGUGACGACCCCGGCCACGCCAUCAGCCCCGCCCACUUCUGAUGGAGACUCUAAUACAGGUACAGUGAUCUGUCAAUCAAAGAAUCAAUACACUGAACACCCAGUGAUUCAGAGAAUGAAUGAAUGAAUGAAUUAAUGAAUGAAUGAAUGAGUCUGAGCUGAAACGAUGGUCUGGUUAUAGUUCAGUUUUCUAGUUUCUGGGUGACUCGCGGGCGGGCGGAGACACACACACACACACACACACACACACACACACACACACACACACACACACACACACACACACACACACACACACACACACCAUGAACCAGCAAAGAAACAGGGGAAGACAGGGAUUUUAUACACACUCAGGUAAACAAGACACAGGUGAGACUGAUGAGUGAUUAACGAAGGAGGGAAAAUUAGAAACACAAGGAAUCAACUCCUACAAAAUAAAACAGGAAAUAAACUCUGAAAACUGAUCUAAAGAAUAAAACUCAGAGAACAGGAGGGAAACAGGGUCAGACGGAGAACUCUCAAAACUGGACUACAGGGGAACUGGAACACCAGGGAAAAUACACCUAAAUAACAAAACCAUGAGGAGAAACACCCAAGUUUUAGCACACAGGAAGAACACAGAUCUACUGAUACUAGAGAGAGCUGAUGAGGAUGAACCCUGUCUGAACCAGAACCAGAACCAGAACCAGAACCAGAACCAGCUCUAUUGACCAAGUAUAUGAACACAGAUUAGAAACUGUGACUCUGGUAAACUUUGCUCUCAGUGAACAGACGUGAAUCAUGAAACAUGAGUCACUUAUAGAACAGACAAAGAUGAGGAGUGGUUACAGUAGAUCUACCUGUCAUUAUAUCACAGGUGAGUUCAUGUCCAUGAGGUAAAUAUUCAGUAACAGUGUUCUCUGCCAUCAGGGGUCAAACAGAGUCCUUACCCAAUCAGAGAAGAGGAUCCGUACAUCUCUAUAUUGGCUUCCUGGGCGAGCCAAGAGGAGGUCGACACUGACUCAUCCAAUGAGGAGGAAGAUCAAGGAAGUGGCCCCGCCUCCACAGAUGUAGGUGAUCCAACAGGAGGAGAUCCUACCGCCAACCUGCCGACAAAUACCAACAAGUAAGUGAUCAGUACUGCGGUUACUCCUGCUAUCGAGUUUGGACCUGUUCAGGUAACCCUUCUUUAUGUCCCUGUUUGGCAGCCUCCCACUGAGUCCUUCAGGUCGACUGGUCCCCACCCGGCCGGCCCCGCCCCCUCCUCUGCCCCCCAACAAACCAGUGAAGCCCUCCAAACAGAAGACCCCCAGGUAAACGUACAAACACACACCGUCCUCUGUUCGCUCAGUCACGACUCCAACUCAAGAUCGAAGUCCAGACUUCAACCAGAACAAAGAGAGCGCCAUGAGGACUGUUCCCAGUACCAGACCAGACACAUUAAAUACCAUGAGGACUGUUCCCAGUAUCAGACCAGUCACAUUAAAAACCAUGAGGACUGUUCCCAGUAUCAGACCAGUCACAUUAAAAACCAUGAGGACUGUUCCCAGUAUCAGACCAGUCACAUUAAAAACCAUGAGGACUGUUCCCAGUAUCAGACCAAUCACAUCGACACACCUUUGGUUAGAAAUAAGUCUUCUCCUCAUGACUGUGACUGUGUUCCUCACUAAGUCACAGAAUUUCCAGAGGUUUAUCUCUUUACUUUUAGAAAAGUCUUCCUCUGAGUAAGAAACUGAUGAAGUCUUUCUGUUUUUUAGAGCCGCCACCAUCAGAGUGUCCAGGAAGAAGGGAGGAAGUAAAGGUUCGACCCCUCAGAGCGCGGUGGUCCGGUCCAGCUGGUUGGAUGUCUGGAAGGGCUUCAGGUAAACUAACUCAGUAUCAGUAUCACCAUGGUCACCAUGGCUACUGCUGACAUCAUCAUAAUCUCAUUAUUACAUCACAAUCACCACCAUCAUCGUUUUAAUGAUGUCAUCAUCAAUGAAAACACACAUGUAUCAAUGUAUCAAUGUCAGCACCUUUAUGACAUCAAGGAUCAAUGAGUGUGAGGAUGAAAGAACAUGGACACAUGAAUGAAGGGAUGAUGGAUGGAUGGAUGAUGGAUGGAUGGAUGGAUGGAUGGAUGGAUGAACAGAUGGAUGGAUGGAUGGAUGGAUGGAUGGAUGGAUGGAUGGAUGGAUGGAUAGAUGGAUGGAUGGAUGGAUGGAUGGAUGGAUGGAUGAACAGAUGUAUUCUUUGUUUUUCACAGACACAGUGUUUUAUGGGCAACGUUGGACGGUCAGCUCAUGUCUCUGUGGAAAAAGCGAACAGUAAGUCACUGUCCGUCCUCCUGUCUGUCUUUAUGUGUGUCUGUGUGUCCACCACAGACUGUAUCUAGAAUGGACGCCGUCUGCCUCUCUGAGAACAGCGCCCUCUGGUGACGGGCUGCAGUAUAGGUCAUAAACCCCGCCUCCUUAUGGAGCUGUGGACAAACUUUAUAAAUGAAUGACACAGAAUAUAAAUGUUUCUCCCCCCUGGUUGUGAUGUUGACAUGUAGUUACUGUCAGACUGGUUUGUGCUCAAGUCCUCUUUUUUCUGUACAGCUCCAUUUUUAAAAGUUAUUAGGGGGUUCAUGUUUUCUAUGAUUGACACCUGAUACAGCCAAUGGGAGGACAGAGAUUGAGUAGAUCACCGGGGGAUACGCUGUUUGAGCCGAGCGUCAUCACAGAGACUCUUGGCGACUCUCCCGCCGAAUGCGCACAACGCUACUGAACAAUGUUGGUUUCAGGAAGUGGAGAAAAAACACGGAAAUACCUACAUACGUGUGUGUGUGUGUGUGUGUGUUGUUAACAGGACCGUUUCAGUGAGCUUCUGUUCCACGUGUCGAGUAUUACCAACGUAAAGAAACAGGACAAAGGCCGAUUCUCCGUUUACUUCAGGAAGAAACAUUACGACUUCAUGGCUCAUAAUGACGGUGAGAACCUGCUGCUGGACUCUGCUGAUCUCAGCCAGAGUCUGGUUCCUGUGAGACCAUCAUGAACCAUGAUCCUGUGGGGGUUUAACUGAGCGCAGGAUCUGGUGUGUCCUUUUGUUGUUUUUGUCAGAGGUUCAUGAGGGCUGGGUCACAUCUCUACUGGCAACUCGUGGCCAAACAAGCCCCGCCCCUCCAGAAACACAUGGACAACUCACCAUGAAGGACCCUCGAAGCCGUGUUUAUGCUGCAGUGUGGGGUCACGACCUUUGGAUUUACCCCAACAAAGAGGGCUUCCAGCUGGGCAUCGCAUCGUACUCCGUCCCCCUGAAUGUGGCCUCGGUGAAAUCGACAGGAAAACACUCGUUUACCCUCAUCACGCCAUACAGGACCUUCAAGUACGCACCUGUCUGUUACCUGUCUGUUACCUGUCUGUUACCUGUCUGUUACCUGUCUGUUACCCGUCUGUUACCUGUCUGUCUGUGUUCAAUCCUGACAUUGUUGCUUCUGUCUGUCCUUCCCCCUUAUUUCCUCCUUGACCCCGCCCUCUGACUCUCUCUGGCCCCACCCCCCGCCUGUAGCCUGUCGGUUGAUUCGUCGAAGGAUCUGUCGAGCUGGCUGGAGAGUCUAAAUGCAUCGAUACGCAGUGCUCUGUCCUGCAGCCUGGUGGCGCAGCGUCUGUGGGAAAACCCCGACAACAAAGUUUGCGGUGACUGCGGCUCAGCCAAUCCUGAGUGGGCGUCGGUUAACCUGCUGCUGGUCAUCUGUGAGUCAUGUGCAGGUAUGAAACUUGAAAUGAAUUAUGAAGAACAUAUUUAACUUCUUUUACACCUGCGUCAAACCUGUCUACACCUCCUAUCACCUGUUCCACUGAGAUCUAAGCUGAGAGGGUGAAACCACCUGACCAGUCACCUGACCAAUCACCUGACCAGUCAAGUUAAAGAUCCAGUUAGAAUCGGAUUUGAGAAUCAAGUUCAAAAUGUUUUUUUUUAAUCAUAAACCAAAGAUGUUGAUCACCUGGAUCGUCUGUUCUUCAGGUCUGCACAGAGCUCUGGGCAGCAGCCUGUCCAAGGUACGCAGUCUGAAGAUGGACAACAAGGUGUGGACCGAACCACUCAUACAGGUGAGGGGGUCUGAACCACUCAUACAGGUGAGGGGGGUCUGAACCACUCAUACAGGUGAGGGGGGGUCUGAACCACUUAUACAGGUGAGAGGGGGUCUGAUUCUUUUGUUCAGGUAACCUGUAAUGACCUUUGACCUUUUGUUUCCCAGCUUUUUGUUGCCUAUGGUAACAGGCUGGCCAAUCAGAUUUGGGCUCCGGCGGUGCCAGCGGUGGAGCAGCUGCGUCCGGAUUCAUCGGAGGAGGAAAGGUUAAAGUUCAUUCAGGAUAAAUACAGCAGGGGGCGCUACAGAAGAGUACACGCUCUGGCCUCCUCGGACGCCCUGAUGGAUCAGGUGACUCUGAGACGAUCAGACAGAUUAAACAGGAAAUUAAACGUACUUGUAAAUAUACUUGUCAAAUACUACUUAUCAGUGCUCGUCAAAUCGGGUUUUACUUCGUGACCUUUGACCCUUUAAGGGGGGGGGGUAUGCUUUUCCAUAUUUCCAUCAGAAAUCAAAGUGACAGAGUUUAGUGUCUGUACUGGAUGUUGAAAUCAAAGGUAAACGUUUGUGAAAAUAACCGUAGAAAACAGACUCACAAACUAAUGACAUCAUCGCAGUAGGCUCUCCUGAUUGGUUCAUCUGAGCUUCAACACACCUGAGGGGGGAUACGCUGCUCAAUCACAAACAAGGGGCGGGGCCAAAACAUUGAGCUCUGACCUCAGCCAACCUCCAGAGAGAUGGCCAAUCAGAAGAAAGUAUAAAAGGAAGCAUUUCAGACAGAGGCUAAAAUAAGAAUAUUGUGUGUGUGUGUGUGUGUGUGUGUGUGUGUGUGUGUGUGUGUGUGUGUGUGUGUGUUGCAGAGGCUGCGUCAGGUGGUGUGUGGAGACGAUGUGGAGGAAACCAUGUCUCUGAUCUGCUCAGGAGCAAAGGUCUGACUUCACAGAGAUCAACAAUCAUUAACACACACACACGUGCACACGUACAUGCACACACAGAAGGACAUGUUGUUGAGUGUGUUUUUGUAUUUGUUGGUCCACAUUACACAGAGAUGAUUCAUUUUGACUGUUUAUCAUCAUGACACACACGGACGUUUCUGUUUUUACCUGAGAGUCAGUCACAUGACGAGCUCACCUGUGGACGAUUACAGAGCUGAGGUCAUCAGUGAUGUCGACCUGUGACCUCAGGUCACUCUCAGGCAGUCUAACUGUUACCUGUUUACAGGUGCGUCAGACAGAUCCACAAAACCCCUCCCCCGUCCAUCUGGCAGAGAGAGCCAACCAGGCGCUGCAGACCGAGCUGCUCCGCCUCAAUGAGUACACAGGUAACACACACACCCACAGGUGACACAGGUGACAGAUGUGUAUAAAUCUUGAUGUUGUCCCGCCUUCCUGCACUGAGGUACAGGUGAAAACAGGUGAAAACAGGUGAAAACAGGUGAGGGCAGGUGUGCUGUGAUACUCUAUGACAUCAUUAGGGGGCGUGUCCUCACUCACAUAAAUUCAUUAUCGCUCCUUGAUUAAAUCUGAAACAGCUGUGUUGUUCCGUUUUCAUACAGACGUCCCACCGGCCAAUAGGAGGCCAGACUCCGCCCUCUCAGGUAGGGUUUGUCACCAGUGUGAGUUGAUAAGGGUGUUAAAAUCUUUUAAUACCAUAAAAUACAUUUGUGUGUGUGUGUGUGUGUGUGUGUGUGUGUGUGUGUGUGCAGGUGAGGAGGUGGAAGAGGAGGGGGAGGAGCUUCAUGGCAAACUGGAGGACGAUCGGUUUCUGUUCUCGCUAGAAAAUACGUCUGCAGCCUGUGACGUCCUCGACCUGAGAGAGGUCCUCUCUGUGUUCGUCAAACACGGGUAAUCACCGCCAAUUAAAACACACAUACUAAUUAUAUUACCAAUACUAAUGAUCAAUAAUUAACCAUACUACCAUACUCCUGCCAACACUGUAGUGCUUAUACUCCUUAUAAUAACAAACACCAUAGAUGACAUAAUUAUUUCUGUACUCCUGCUGCCAAAUCCACCGAUCAUCGAACCUUCAGCCUCUGUCUGUUUCAGAGCCGGUCAUCAGUUUGAGAUGGUGACUCUAAAUGAUCAGCUGAUCUGUGAAGCUGAUGACCAGGAUGCACUGCAGAGUCACCUGGUCCACAUCCUGAAGGUACACGUCUACGGGGAAAGAACUUCAAUCAUGUCAUGAAAAAACAAACCUGAGUUUAAGUUACCUGGUUAACCAAAGCCUGACUUAUCAGACAUCUCUAACCUGAGUUCAAUAUUUCCGUCUCACAUGUUUUUGAAUCGUCAGGUGAUACUCCCAGGGGGCGUGUCAUAUGCAGAGGUGGGAGGGGCUUCCGCUGCCAGUAAAGUGUCUCUUGUUGGAGUGGGAGGAGCUUCAAGUGAAGCCUGGUUGUUACUGUGGGAGGACGGCGUCAGCGUCCACCCGGUCAACAGGAACACUCAGCAGCCUGUGGGAAUGGAACUGAGCACGCUCAGUCGCCACGGUAACGCAGCCUCUCCUUUACACCGUCUGAUGGACGUAAUCCGUUUAGAAAUCAAUGGAGUUGGUAAAGUUUGGUUGACUGAUGCUUUUCCUCCUCACCUGUCUGAGGAGAGAGACAUGAGAAGAGAGUGAACACCUGAGACACCUGAGGCAGAUUAUUACUCACCUGUGGCUCCACCUGCUGGGAGGUGUUAGACCUGUCAAUCUCUGUCAUGGUCUGUCGUGUUUCUCUUUAUGCAGACGAUACCUCAGUCUAUACAGGUGUCUAUACAGGUGGUCUGAACCUCUUUACUACUUUAUAGAUAAACGGAUAUCAAUACUCAAGGACAGAAUCAUGAUAUUAUUUAUCUCUCCAUCCUGAUGCUUCAUCAGACAACAUUACCUUUACCUACGUUACCUCUACAUUAUAGAGGCUCAUAAUUUCCAUGUUUAUUCUCUGACAGAAAUGAACCAACCUGAGAACAUCAUCACCCUGGGAAACACGGACAGGUAUCAGAAAAACCUACACCUGAAUAAAUUCAAUGGUCUAAUAUUUCCUGACCUCUGAUUGGCUGAGCUCAGUCUUCGUACAUGUGACAUCAGAGUGUUGUUUGUGUCAGCAGGAGUGUGUCGGUCCGUUUUGAGGAGCAGCACAGCUGUCAGUCCUGGUUCGACCACCUGCAGAAAGCCCUGACCAAUCAGAAAACAGCUCCACAGCGUCCCCCUGCAACAGCCAAUCACAGCUCUCUGUACCCACAGAUGGACCUGAGCUCAAGGGGGACAGUCCCAGCCGCCAUCCAGCGCUGUAUCUCCCACAUCACCACACACGGUGAGACUGAGCGAGAAAGUUUAUUAAAAAUAACAACAACAAAAAAAACAUCGAAAACGACAAAAGAUCAAAUAAAAGAUCCAAAAAAACUGCAACUUAAAAAAACAAAAACAAAUAUUUUUACAAAACACUAAAAAGGACAAAAAAGACAAAAAUAAGAAAAACAAGAUUAAAACUAAAACACCACUGUGUGUGUGUGUGUGUGUGUGUGUGUGCGCUGUCAGGCCUGAAGGUGGAGGGUGUGUACCGCCGUUGUGGCAUCGCUUCCAAAGUCUCUCGGUUGGUUGAGGCCUUGAUGACAUCACCAAUCUCCGCCCCUCUGGAGUCUGAUGAGCAGGGGGUGUUGGACGUUAGCUCCGCCCUCAAACAGUAUGUCCGCCAGCAGGAGAGUCUGAUCCCCGAUAAAGAACUACAACAAUGGCUGCACGCUGCAGGUGAGUACAUGUACUGCAGUACAAGUACACAAAGUACUGCAGUACAGAUACCUGUUAUCAACUACCAACUGUAGUAUUAACCAACUGUAGUACUCCUACAAAUACUGUAAUAAGUAUCUGUCUGUUAAACAUUAUACUAAUGUAGUAAAGUAUCCUGUCUGUAGUUCAUAACAGUGUCUGUAGUACUAGUACUGUCUUCAGUACUUAAUACUAACUUCAAUAUUGUCUAAAGUUUAAAGUACUUUUUUGCCUUUUGAGAACAUUCAGUAUUUGUCUGUGGUACAAUAUACUGAAGAUUGUUGUACAAAAAUGUAGUAGUGUUCAAAGUACUAUGUACUGCCCUAUGUACAUUUAACUGUCUUUGAUACGGUAAACUGCCUGUAGUACAGUUUACUGUCUGUAGUACAGUUUACUACCUGUCGUAAAUAUUCUGUAUGUAGUACUUUAUACUAGAUGUACUACACAAUACUGUCUGGUGUCCUUUGUGUGUAAUCUGUGGUAAAAUACUCUCAGUUCAGUCAGGUUUGCAGUAUUUUUAGGUUAGAUAGAGAGGUACUACUACAGUUCAUCAAAUAUCAAAUCAAAUAGAGUAAAACACUCAAACAAGUACAACAACUGUAAUCCCGCUCAAACAGUAGUAGUAGUAGUAGAAGUUGUAGUAGUACGCACUUACAGUACUCUUCCUCUUUCAGGUGUUUCUGAUGAACGCUCCAGGUUUAACGCUUACAGACGGUUGCUACGGCAACUCCCUGACGACAACAGAGCAACACUGAACGCGCUGUUUGGACACUUCUACAUGUAACACACACACACACACACACACACACACACACACACACAUACACACACACACACACACACACACGCAUCUAAAGCAGGAGCUACAGGAGUAAACUGUGUGUGUGUGUGUGUGUGUGUGUGUGUGUGUGUGUGUGUGUGUGUGUGUGUGUGUGUGUAUCAGGGUCCAGGUCUUCUCUCAGGUGAACAAGAUGUCCGCUCAGAACCUGGCUGUGGUUCUGGUCCCAACCUUCUUCCAGACCAUGAACCAGGACCUGCUCAGACUGACCCGGGAGUUCAUCAUCCACCACACACUGCUGUUCCUGGUCAGUCACAUGACACACACACACACACACACACACACACACACACACACACUUUUCUGUAUUUGGAGUUUGCACGAUGUGUCGGUGGAUUCUGCAGGUUCACAGACCGAUGUCACAGACUCAAACAUGACAGUAUUAAUGUGAUGGAUGGAUGUUGUUUUUACAGACGCCCGGAGGAGAAGGAGAGAACCAGGAGGAGGAGGAGGAGGAGAAGGAGGAGGAGAUCACCAUUUUAUAAAGAGAAGAAGAAGAAGAAGGUUGGGGGGCGGACUGAUGUCAGUCUCACACGAGUCUGAAGGUGUUGAUGUUUUUCAGGAGACCUCAGGUGUUUCUGAACAGCUGUGUUUAAUCUCUGAUUCUUGUUUUGAAUUUACAUUUUUAAUCUUUUUAUUUCACUGUAAACAUUUUUAUUCGUUGAACUCAUUAAACUUCCAUAAAACUACA